UGUUUCAGGGGGUGUGAAUUAUGGGCCCCUGUUGUCACCGUGCCUGCUCUGCGUUGGACAUUUCACCUCGCCACUGUAAAUUUAAAAAGGGGAUUACAUUUUGCUGACUGCUCAUUUUAAAAGCAGUAGAUUGACCAAGUGCAGACUACUGCCCCGGUGCCCCUGACAGAAGGAGGCUUAAUAGCCACUGCCCGCAGUUGCACGAUCUGGAAUUUUGCAAGGGUCUGAACAAGGCCACCGGGAAAGUAAACGUCAUCUGGAUCACAGACAAUCUUAAUAGGUUGCCGUUUGCACGUUUAGACCACGGAGCCCCGUCUGCACGGGGGCGAAGACGUUUUUAUAGUUAACUGGGCGUUUUUGGACGCGCUCUGUAAACGGUGAUGCUACGGCGACGCGCAGGAAUCGUAGAGGGAAGAGACAGGUGAGGUGCGGCUGAGUAGCGUUGUUUCGGAGACGCUUCGGAUACCGAUAGCUGUGGUAUCCAUCAGGGGAAAAAAAGAACGACCGGAGAGGGCGAGUUGGCGACUGGCACUUGCAUCAGCCCCCCAUACCUGGCCAUCUGGUGCGUGCAUGUGUGCAGCUGCCAUGGCAACCGUGGCCCCUCCCCUCACAUUUCUUCUCCUGCUGCUUCAAGUGGCUGAUGGCUCAUUCCCAGAGGAACCCAGUCCGCUCAGCUACGUCCCCAUAGAGGUGGUGAGGAGAUACCCAGUGUUCCUGGGCAGGGCUCAUCGUUCAGCUCAAAGACAGGAGCUGCACAUCCAGACGGUUCUCCAAGUCAACCGCACGCUCUACAUAGGAGCCAGAGAUGACUUGUACAGAGUGGAGCUGGAUAACAUGGUCGGUGAUGAGAUGUUCUUCAGCAAGAAAAGGACCUGGGAAUCCAAUAAGAAUGAUAUUCGGGUGUGUCGGAUGAAGGGCAAACAUGAGGGAGAGUGUCGUAAUUUCAUCAAGGUUCUGCUCAGCCAGCACGGCGGCCUGUUUGUAUGUGGAACAAACGCCUUCAACCCACUGUGUGCCAACUACACCAGGGACACUCUGGAGAUGGUGGGCGAGCCCGUCAGUGGGAUGGCGCGCUGCCCGUAUGACCCGCGACACGCUAAUGUGGCUUUAUUUGCAGAUGGAAGUCUUUUUACCGGCACCGUGACAGACUUCCUGGCCAUCGACGCGGUGAUCUAUCGCAGCCUCGGCGACAGCCCUGCCCUCCGCACAGUCAAGCACGACUCCAAAUGGUUCAGAGAGCCCUACUUUGUGAGCGCUAUGGAGUGGGGGCCUCAUAUUUAUUUCUUCUUCAGAGAGAUGGCCAUGGAGUUUCAUCAUCUGGAGAAGGUGAUGGUGUCCCGGGUGGCACGUGUGUGUAAGGCUGACCUGGGCGGAUCUCAGCGCGUCCUCGAGAAACAGUGGACCACGUUCCUGAAGGCGCGGCUCAACUGCUCCGUGCCGGGAGACUCACACUUUUACUUCAACCUCUUGCACGCCACAAGCAACAUCAUCCACAUGCAGGGGCGAGACGUCAUCCUGGGUCUCUUCUCCACGCCGCCUAAUAGCAUCCCUGGCUCUGCGGUGUGCGUGUUCGACAUGCAGCAGCUCGCUCACGCCUUUGAGGGCAGGUUUAAGGAGCAAAAAUCCCCAGAAUCUAUUUGGACACCUGUGCCGGACGAAGCAGUGCCCAAACCAAGGCCCGGGGGGUGUGCAGUGCAGGGAUCCAGAUUUAGCUCCUCCACCACACUGCCGGAUGAGGUGCUGAACUUUGUGAAGACCCACCCACUAAUGGACGAGACGGUUCCGCUGCUGGGACACAGACCCUGGGUGGUCAAGACCAUGGGACGGUACCAGUUGACGACCAUGGUGGUGGACACGGAGGCCGGCCCCCAUAAGAACCGCACGGUCCUGUUCCUGGGCUCCACCCGAGGCACCAUCCUCAAAUUCCUAAUGAUUCCCAGUGGAGAUUCGGUCUCUCACAGCAGCGUGUUUCUUGAAGAAGUUGAAGGAUUCAACCCGGAGAAGUGCGGCGAGGACUCUCCUCAGGCUCGUCAGCUCUUGUCUCUGACCCUGGACCGCACCAGCCACACUCUGCUGCUGGCGUUCCCCUCCUGCCUGGUCCGAGUCCCCACAUCUCGCUGCCAUCUACACUCGCGCUGCAUGAAGAGCUGUCUGGCCUCCAGGGAUCCGUACUGUGGCUGGACCAGAGGCAGCACCUGCUCCUUCCUGAGACCAGGCACACGGCUCCCCUUUCAACAAGACGUGGAAUACGGAAACACCACCUCCCAUCUAGGAGACUGUGAUGGAAUUCUGCAGCAGAGCUUGCUGAUUGAACCAGAGAGCUUGGUCUCUCUCAACCUCCUCGUGGCGUCUGCAGUCUCGGCGUUCACCAUCGGGGCGGCGCUGUCCGGCCUCGCCGUCUGCUGGAUCAUGGCCCACAAGCCUGCCAACCGUCGCCACGGCAACGCCUCCCAGUCCUCCAUCCAACGGCGCGAGAGGGGCCUGCUGAGCAACGGCGGCGGUAUGGGGGGCUCUGUGCUGAGCGUGACGCGGCAGGGAGGCGGGGAGCGCCCCUGCUCUCAAGGAGGAGAGACCCUGUUUGUCAUGCCCAACGGCUGGGUGAAGUCGGGAGAGCUCGACCCCGGUUUCCUCCCCACGCCGGAGCACACCCCCCAGCAGAAGCGCAGGGGCCUGCGGUUGUCUGACUCCAACUCUGGAGGCUGGGACACCAGCCAGACCUACCUGGGGGGAGGCUCCGUGGGCCUGGGGUCGCCCUGCCGCAUGCCGCCCUCCGUCUAUCUGACCACCAGACUCUUCCAGCAGGGCGGAGGCGGCAGGCACAACGGUGAGAGCCGAGGGAAUGACACUCCCCGCCAGCACUAUGUCUGCCUGAGCAAGCAAGAGAAAGGAGGGAAGGGGACGCCCAAAGCCCCCCUCAGGAAGUCUGCAGGAGAGUACGUGUACCCCAUGACCCCCCAGGACUCGCCCGAGCGCCGCAGGGUCGUCUCGGCGCCCAGUGCCCCCGUGGAGUACAGCGAGCCGCUGCCUUUGCGCUGGCCGGCCCAGGAAGGAUACAUCCUCAGUAGCCACGGCAUGGUCCCCGUCCCCCUGCCUCCGCCCUCCAUGCCCGCUCACAGCAGCCAGGCCUACGUGUCCCAGCAGCACACCCCCGGGCUGACCAGGGCUCUGCUGAGGGGGGCCCUGGAACGAGGUGAGCUGGGCGAGUUUGUGGAUCUCAGCCAGCUGAUGAGUAAGAAGAACUGCAAUGACAGGACUCAAACUGGCCAGUGACUGUGGAGGAAGUGAAGGGGGACAGAAUUCUGUCCGUGCGCGGACCUCUUGGUUUUAUUUACAACAGCUCUAUCCUUUUUCUCUUCAUUCCGUCAAUCCGUCUUUCCCUUUCCCUCCCUCUCUCUCGCCCUUACAUCUAUAUUCCCUUGUCAUUUGUCCUCCCUUAUCUUCUGUGACAGUCUCUCAGGCAAACCCUCUUUCGCCCCCGUGAAGAGCCUCUCCUUAUGACUGGCUGCUGGGUCUGCCACUCAUAUCCUGGCUCGCACUAAUUGGUCAGAUGGAUCGAGGUUGUUGCUGUGUCUGCAUUGCAGAGUUGCCUCUCUCUCCCGCUCUCGGCGGGAAGAAGGAGGAAACAAGGGUGGAGGGGAGAAGAUAGACGGAGGGAAAGCAGAAUGGGCAGCAGAGAGGAUGAGGACAGAGACAAAGAUGGACACGGCACUUAGAGUCUGCCUUCCCUGUGCAGAUUGAUGAAACCUGCAGAGCCAGUCAAACGGUACUGCAGGAGUGGGACGCUUUCCCCCCUCGGAUAACAUUAACAAGACUGCCACCCAUCUGUUCCCCCACUUUAUUACCUGUUGGUCUGAUUGCCAAGUAGGUACUUUAAGUUAAAUUGCAAAUUCUGAACAUCAUAAAAGUCUCUGGAGCUCUAGGUGAGUCAUCAGACAAAAAACUGAAGUCAUUUGGACAAAAAAACAGAAAGCCACUGGCGAAGCAAAAACCCCUCACCCAGUUUCGUUUCCCUGUUCCGUCUCCUCGCUGAACACGUACAGCACUUGCAUACGUGUAUUUGUACAGGUGUGUAUUUAGUAUUCUGUGUAUACGAGAAGCAUGACUUGUGUGCCAAAUGCCUCUAACCCGUCUCAUAGGGAUAUGGGACCAUAACUCACGUCUUUGGAGAGCAGAGUGCAGGACUGAAAUGUCAGCACUAUUCCUGCCAACUGCAUGCUCUCUGUAAUGACGGCAUCUCAGCUGUCCAUCGCUCUACUCGUUUCCGCGCCCCACUCUGUGUACUCUUUAAUGACCAAUAGUUCCACAAGGACGUGUGGUGGACGGAAAGAAAACAAAAAAUAGGGCUGGGUGGAAAGAAAGGAGCUUCAAAGAGUGUGAAGUGAACGCACUGCUACACCUUGUCCUUCACUGUCACCUUUCCCCACACACACACACUCAUUCAUUCAUUAAUCCUGCAUCACAGAACGCAGUCCAAUUUUACUGGGCAAAGUUUCCUCUUAAGCCCACAGAGGGUCAAGGUCCCACAGACGUGAUAGGGAGCAAAGUGGCAGUUACAGCGGUGAUGAUUGAAACAUCUGGCUUAACUCGGAGGCAAUAGAGGUAAUGGAAAUGUUCCCCAGCUGGCAAAUGGGGCUAUAUAUUCAGCCCAUCAAAGUGUCCAGUGGCAUGAAAUUGUUGGCAUUUAGAUCAACACAACAUGGGUUUGUUGUGUCGGAGAUUAAAGUCAUAAAACAGGGACAAGAUAAAGAAGACAGACACAAAAAAGACCUGAUGGUAUGAGGCGCAGCAGCAGCGACAAAGGGAAAUCACGAGCAUUUUUAACUCCCAGCCCGUUAAUCGACAGAUGAAUGCCGGUCCUGGUGCUGAGCCUCCUGUGAGCAGCAAUACAUUGGUUAAUAUGUACAUAGUAAACUUUCAUUUAGAUAAAAUGAUAAUGUAAAAACAAGACAAUUAUUCCCAAAA